AAGUGACGUGGCCCUGCGGAGACCAGGAGUCAGACUGUACGACAAGCUCGGGCCCCACGUGUCCCCGGUACUCGCCGGCCGGAGCCCCCGGCUUCCCGGGGCUGGGGGACCUUAGCGGCACCCAAACACAGCCUACUUCCUAAGCGGAGCCAUGUCUGGUAACGGCAAUGCGGCUGCAACGGCGGAAGAAAACAGCCCAAAGAUGAGAGUGAUUCGCGUGGGUACCCGCAAGAGCCAGCUUGCUCGCAUACAGACGGACAGUGUGGUGGCAACACUGAAAGCCUUGUACCCUGGCCUGCAGUUUGAAAUCAUUGCUAUGUCCACCACAGGAGACAAGAUUCUUGAUACUGCACUCUCUAAGAUUGGAGAGAAGAGCCUGUUUACCAAGGAGCUUGAACAUGCGCUGGAGAAGAAUGAAGUGGACCUGGUUGUUCACUCCUUGAAGGACCUGCCCACAGUGCUUCCUCCUGGCUUCACCAUCGGAGCCAUCUGCAAGCGGGAAAACCCCCAUGAUGCUGUUGUCUUUCACCCAAAAUUUGUUGGGAAGACCCUAGAAACCUUGCCAGAGAAGAGUGUGGUGGGAACCAGCUCCCUGCGGAGAGCGGCCCAGCUGCAGAGAAAGUUCUCACACCUGGAGUUCAGGAGUAUUCGGGGAAACCUCAACACGCGGCUUCGGAAGCUGGACGAGCAGCAGGAGUUCAGUGCCAUCAUCCUGGCAACAGCUGGCCUGCAGCGCAUGGGCUGGCACAACCGGGUGGGGCAGAUCCUGCACCCUGAUGAAUGCAUGUAUGCUGUGGGCCAGGGGGCCUUGGGCGUGGAAGUCCGAGCCAAGGACCAGGACAUCUUGGAUCUGGUGGGUGUGCUGCACGAUCCCGAGACCCUGCUUCGCUGCAUCGCUGAAAGGGCCUUCCUGAGGCACCUGGAAGGAGGCUGCAGUGUGCCAGUAGCCGUGCAUACAGCUAUGAAGGAUGGGCAACUGUACCUGACUGGAGGAGUCUGGAGUCUAGAUGGCUCAGAUAGCAUACAAGACACCAUGCAGGCUACCAUCCAUGUCCCUGCCCAGGUACUAAAGCUGGAGGGUGAGGGGGUAAUAAACAAGAGUGCAUAUAAUCUCAUUUGUUCUCACCAAUUCCCACCUCCUUCCCGCAUACAGCAUGAAGAUGGCCCUGAGGAUGACCCACAGCUGGUAGGCAUCACUGCUCGUAACAUUCCACGAGGGCCCCAGUUGGCUGCCCAGAACUUGGGCAUCAGCCUGGCCAACUUGUUGCUGAGCAAAGGAGCCAAAAACAUCCUGGAUGUUGCACGGCAGCUUAACGAUGCCCAUUAACUGGUCUGUGGGGCACAGAUGCCUCGGUUGCUGCUGUCCAGUGCCUACAUCCCGGCCCUCAGUGCCCCAUUCUCACUGCUGUCUGGGGAGUGAUUACCUCAGAAGACUGAACUGCAGGGUUCAAGCCUUCUGGGGAUUUGCCUCAGUUUGGGGCCUUGAUGACUGCCUUGCCUCCUCCGUAUGUGGGGGCUUCAUCUCUUUAGAGAAGUCCAAGCCACAGCCUUUGAAUGUAACCAACUCUACUAAUAAACCAGCUCUGAAGGUGU